AUGGUUGGCGUCAAGGACCCCGCGCUGGGCAACGUCGACGUCGACGGCCCGCCCAGGCCCGACUUCUCCGCCUCUCCACCGCGGUUCCUCAUCGUCGGCGCCGGCUCCCGGGGCCAAUGCUACGCCAACGCCAUCGACACCGUCUCCAACGGCGUCGUCGCCGCCGUCGCCGAGCCCCUCCGCUUCAAGCGCGAGCUCCUCGGCCGCAAGCACAUCUGGGGCCCCGACGGCGGGCCUAAGGAGGGCCAGAGCUUCGCCAACUGGCGCGAGUUCGUCGAGUACGAGCAGAAGCGCCGUGAGCGCGUCGCCGCCGGCGAGGCAAACGUCCCCCCGGGCGUCGACGGCGCCUUCGUGUGCGUCCUCGACGAGAUGCACCGCGAGGUCGUCGUCGGCCUUGCCGCGCUCGACAUCCACAUCAUGUGCGAGAAGCCCCUGGCCACCAACCUCGCCGACUGCCUCGCCAUGUACCGCGCCCUCAAGCCGCUGCAGGGCCAGAAGAUCUUCUCCAUCGGCCAUGUCCUGCGCUACAGCCCCCACAACCUCAUGCUCCGCAAGCUGCUGGUCGAGGACCGCAUCCUCGGCGAGAUCAACAGCGCCGUGCACACCGAGCCCGUGGGGUGGUGGCACUUUACGCACUCGUUUGUCCGCGGCAACUGGCGCAACGAGAAGACGAGCGCCCCAUCUCUCCUCACCAAGAGCUGCCACGACAUCGACCUCCUGUUGUGGCUGCUGUGCUCCCCGGAAAAGGCCGGCCAGGGCGAGCCUCACCUCCCCGAGCACAUCUCCUCCACUGGCGACGUCCAGUUCUUCAAGAGGAGCCGCAAGCCCGCCGCCGCCGGCUCCGCCACCAACUGCACCAAGUGCCCCCUCGGCGACUCUGGGUGCAAGUACUCGGCCAAGAACAUCUACUUGGGAGACACCAUCGGCCUCGGCCGCGGCAACACCAAGUGGCCUAUAGACAUCGUCGUGCACGACAUUGAAGACUACAAGACGCAAGAUGAGCGCGUCACCGCCAUGACCAAGGUUCUAGAGGAGGACUGGGACGAGAACACGCCGGCCGAUGUGGUGAGCUCCCGCAAUUGGUUCGGCCGCUGCGUCUUCGAGACGGACAACAACGUCUGCGACGACCAGUUCGUCACCAUCACCUGGCCAGAGUCCAACCGCCCCGCCAAGCGCGUCACCUUUCACAUGGCCGCCCAGACCAAGCGCCAGUGCGAGCGCUUCUCCCGCUUCUACGGCGAGCACGGCGAGAUCUACGCCGACUCGCGCACCAUCGUCUUCGAGGACUUCAACACGGGCGAGACCAAGACGUUCGAGCCCCGCCUCGAGGACCUCGGCCACGGCGGCGGCGACAAGGGCCUGACGCGCCAGUUCGUGCUGGCCUGCGACAUGGUCAAGAACCACGCCUGGCACGCCGAAAAGGCCCAGAACGAGUUUGUCGGCUGCACCCUCGACGAGGUCAUCCGCAGCCACGCCCUCGUCUUCGCCGCCGAAGAGGCCCGCGUGGACAACAAGGUCGUGGACUGGCAAAAGUACUGGGAUGACAACGUUGUCAAGGCUUCGUAG